CACAAAUCCAUCUCGCUUGCUGGCACAACUUCCCCCCCCAACAUGAGCUCUACGGAUACCACAAGACACAGGAGGCCGCAUCGCAAGUCGCGAUCGGGCUGUCAGAAUUGCAAGAGGCGCAAGAUUAAAUGCGACGAGACUACACCCGAGUGUCUCAAAUGUACCGGGCGGGGAAUUCGGUGCAACUUUCUGUCGCCAGAUGCAGCGUCAAGUGAAGAACGGCUCAGCAACGCCAACAUGGACUCGCUGUCCGCCCCAGACUCUGCCUCUCCUGUUGGCGCAUCAGCAGGGCCCUACAAGCGGGACCUCCACUUCAUUCCGUCACAGUACAAUGCCGCCGAUACGUCAGAGAGCUCCGAUCGCACCUCGGAGUACGCUAUGGGUGUUGUGGAGGAACAGAGGCUUCAUUUCCAAAUCCUUUCGCAGCGGCUAGCGUCUCUCGAGUCUCAGCUUCUCGUGUUGAAUCGACAUGUUCCUCCGCCGCCAUUGUCAUAUGGCGAUAUGGAGCUCUUUCACCAUUACAUGGUUCUGACCACACCAACUGUGGGCAACGACGAAGCUGCUCUGCACUUCUGGCGCGUGCGCCUACCAGAGAUUGGUCUCCGACAUCAUCAUGUUCUUCAUGUUAUCCUAGGUCUCGCAGCACUACACAAGGCCAGAAUAGAGCCUCACAGGCGGCUAGACUUUCUCCUUGACGCAGACCGUCACUAUUCCAUUGGCCUCCGCUCGACCGCAUUGACACUCGCUUCCAUCGACGAGCAGGACCCUGAGGUCGUGUACGUCUCUGCCAUGUUGCUCGCUUUUUAUUAUCUAGGCCUUGGCCCUCAACCAGGACAAUAUCUUGCCUUUAGCAACCGCGAUGAAGUCAAGUUCAUGUCCUUCCUGCGUGGUGUUCGUUCCAUCAUUGGAUAUCAAGCGGCAUCCCGUUCCCCAGAGACGGCCCCAAGUUCUGUUGAACCAACGCAGAAUACACAACCAGCCUCGAGGGAGGAUAAUAUCCUCGGCCAUGGGUAUGAAGUACAGUUUCAUAAACUACGAUAUUUUGCUUUAGAAAGCCCCGUCUCGCAGGAUGUCGAGAUGUGCUUGCAGGCACUAAAUGAGCUUGAAGCCUUUUUUGUAACUGCAUACGGAGAAUCCACAGAGUUGUCCGAUGAGGCCAAGGCGCGUACAGAACAUCCUUUUGCAUGGCUGUACCGGGUGUCUGACGAAUUUCUUGGCUGUCUUCAAUCGAAAAUGGACCUCGCACUGGCUAUAUACUCUUGUUUCGCCGUCCUACUCAAAGGGCUUGAUUCACAAUGGGUGAUUCAAGGAUGGCCCGAGCAUAUCAUGUCUGGCGUCUGGCUGUAUCUCGACAUCGACCACAGGGAUCUAGUCCGGUGGCCUAUGGAGCGGAUCCAAUGGGUUCCUCUAUACUGAAGGAGGAGAGACGAUAUAUUCGAGUAAAUACUUUAGGUUAAAUGUCGCAUUCAUCUUAGAUAAUUUGAUUGUAUGUAGUUGGAACUCCCACAAAUAGCACA